UCCUUUCAUAGCCGCACGACUGGCCGUGGUCUCGUGGAACCUUCCACUUUGGGCUCGAGAAGGCCUGGCUGGAGACCAUGUGGGAAGAUGAAUGCGCUAUUGAAAGACUCAGCUCUCAUCGAAGCAGCUUGCUCAUUCACCACGUCCAGAUUUUCAUCAACACUCUCCAGACAGCUCCUGCUCUCAGAUUUGAGUUCCAAGCCGUGAAGAAAAAAUACAACACCGACACGCGCCGUUCUGCCCGCGCCAUGAAGCCCACCACGCCCGUUCCGCCCGCGCCGAAGCGCCCGUUCCGCCCCGUGGCGUCGCCGGCGCGGAAGUCCGCGCGACCGCCGAGACCGGCGCCGAGACCGGCGGCGAGGCCGGCGGCGAGGCCGGCGGCGAGGCCGCCGCGAGCGGUGCGGAAGGCUCGGAGCUUCCGGAAGGUGUCCACCGUGCGGCGGACGGCAUUGAAGGCGUUGCAGAUCUAUGAGAAGUUGCACCGGGAGUAUGUGAAGGCCACGGAGUCGCAGGACUAUGCCUUGGGGCGUGAACUCUGUGCCAGACACGUCUCUAAGAUCUAUGGCGAGCUCCACUGCAUGGCACUGGAGCUGCUAUUGUCUGUGGCAGAAGAAGACCAGACCUUGGGCGGGAAGCGGGUGCUCACCUUCAGGGGGGAACCCAGCGACCGGCGGCGCACGUUGAGUGCGCGCCUGGCGUCCGCGCGGCAGAGCCGUUUAGAGGGAAAGCUUCGAGAGGCGCUCUGUACGAGCUUGGCGGUGCUGUGUUGCCGCGUGAAGAAGAAUUGGUUGGCCGCCUACGACGACGAGAUCCCGGUGCGCGGCUACUUCUGCCAUGCCUUGGUGGAUCCGUCGGCCACCUUCCGGGUCGCGCUGAAGGCUCGACCGCUGCGUUUGGCGUCGCUCUUGGUGACCACCGAAGCACCACUGGGAAAAGCCUUAAGCGCCAUGGACCAUGGAGGGCCCUUCCCACAGGGCCACGAGAAGGAACCUUUGGGCGAUCGACAGUAUGGCCUGCAGCGCGUUUGCGCGGAGGGCUACGGCGAGGAAGAGAAGGAACGGCUCAUGGACGUGCAGCCGGAGGCGGAGUUGCGACGCUUGAUGGGUUCUAAGGAUCUGGUCUUGGUGCUGGAGAUCUACUGCGCGCUGGCGCCCAAGGAUCGCGUGGACCGGCACUCCUUGGGGCAGAUCAUCAAGGAGGAGCUCCAGACGUUGUUGUCGGAGUCGAAGAAGCGAGGCCAAGCGGUGGUCUUCGUGGUCGGUGGUGAGCAGCCCUUGGAGCUGGUCCGGAAGGUGUAUUUGCAGCCAUGCUUCACUGCCAUCGGCGGGUUGAAGUGUGGGUAUUUUCGAUGGAAGGAGAGCAGCCAAUCGACCUGGGAGCCACCAAAGCUCAUGGGACAAAAGCGUGUAAUUUUUGGCCUGCAACUCCCUUGAGGAUCUGCAGGAAGUUGCCUGAGCAGGUGAACCACUUGAGGGUGCUGAGGUUCGUGCUCUGGCAAAGAUGGGUUGUAGGGUGGGUGGGUGCUGGAUAAGGUGGUUCAAAGGCACGCCG